AUGACAUCCGUCGACUGCCUAGCGAUGGCCUCAAUCCAUCAUCCUCACCACCCUUAUAACCCAGCCAAUCUUUCUCGCUCUUCCUCGACCAAAGUGAGCAGCAAGAACCCUUAUGCCAGAUACAUGUCUCCUGCGCCAUCUGUGCGCUCGCAACAGUCCAACUCACAAUACUCCACCACAUCCGUACCAUCCGUCUGGUGGUCCGGCUACCCGGAGCAUCAUCCGGUCGAGCCGAAGCGACGUCGCUCCAGCGCCAGUGCCAGCGGUACUCCCCGGCGCAACCGCUCUGGUCGCUAUUCUCGGAAUUCGAUGCUUGUGAACCCAGACAUCAUCGACGCUCUGGAUGACAUCACACUUUACUCAUACCAUCACGAGGGUCCUUAUGAUGCGGUUCGCCCUGAGCGGAACCGCGUGAGCUCGACUAGUCCGUUGGAGGCUGUAAAGGAGUCCAAUGCAGAGGCGUUGCGUGCGACACCGCGCGACAAGAUUAUCGAUUCACUGCAGAGUCAUCGGCCGUUGGAUGGCACUGCGUUCUUCCCGCCCGGGACUACGGAUCGGAAUGGGCAGUCAUAUGAGUAUGAGGAGGGGUCCAACAUGAUGAACGAGUAUGGGAACUUCAUGCGACUUCCUGGGGUGAAAUUCACCGACGAGGACUUCAAGGACGAUCCUUUUUAUAACACGCCAAUCUCGAAUCCUUUUACACAGCUGAAGAAGAAGCUCAGUUUGCGUCGGAAGAAGAACCGUCAGAGUGUGCUUUGA